AUGUCAGGGAAAAUACAGAAAGUUAAUGUUUCGCAGCUAAGGCCCUACUUUCGGCCACAAGACCAUAGCCAUGAAUCUGAGGGCAGCCAAAAUGAUGCAGAGGACAUUAGACUGGUGGACCACCAGUAUGCCAAUAAAGGUCCACUGUGGUCCAAGAGGUUGGGUCCUCAGCAAAAACAACUGCUGACCUAUGUGCUGGACAGAGCACGUCCAGCAAAAGAAAUUGUUGUUCUGGAUGGCCCAGUGUGUCUUCAAAGGGAGGACUUUUGGAGCCUGGGGCUAGAUGAGGAGGUGGAGAGCAAUAUUGGGAAUGCGUGCUUCAGGCUGGUAAAGGAGGCAGCCAGGAGACAUCCAUUUCCAGUUCAGUCAGAUGGACAGAGCUGUGGGAUCUUCAUGCUUAUGUACGCCCUCUGCAUCUGUACUGGUGCCCAGUUUCACUUUUUGGAUACUGACAUACCAUCUAUUCGGAAGUGGUGGUGUCUCCAGAUUCUGGAGAAAUUCUCAAUCGCAAGACAUGGGCAGCACUUCGGACAGCGCUUUGCCUUCUGGACAGAGGAGGCAGAACAGCUGAUGGCAGGCACCCUACCACCUAUUUAUAGGAUUCCUCGACCCCAAAUAGUCAAGGAGGAACAGGUAGAAGUGGAGGAGCUGCCCCUCACAUUGAAACAUAUGUACCAGGCGGAAUACAUCGUGAGGAACAGUCCUGGGCUUUUCACUGGCCAGGUGCAAGAACCGUCAUACAUGUUGAUGGAUCAUGAUGACCAAAUGAAUGCGUCGAGGGUGCUGAUGGAGUCGACGGAGUGGGAUGCCAAGGAGCCUUUCACAUUCAUUUUUGAAAAUAUCCAGGACAUGGAAAUAUUUAUGAUUAUUUGCAGAGACACCCUCAACCUGAGAGUAAAUGCUGGACGUGGGGUGCACAGUCUUCCAUAUACAGUUUGUUAGUGUGUG